CGUUGGUGUCAGUGCCAUGACAACAGCAGGUCGAGCGUGAGAAGCUGAGAUGGCUUGAGCUGUCUUGUUUUACCACACAUUACUGGAGAAAAUAUCACUGCAUCCAGGAUGUCUUUAUUUAAGGCUCGUGAUUGGUGGGCUUCAGUGCUGGGUGAGGGUGAGGAGUUUGACCAGGGGUGUCUGUGUGUUGGGGAUGUGGAUAACAGUGGAAGUGGAUAUGAUAAGAUUGUAGUGGGCAGUUUUAUGGGGAUGUUACGCAUCUUCUCACCACACCCUGCUAAACCAGAGGAGCCGACGGAAGCUGACGCCCAGCUGCUGGAGGUUCAGUUGCCUGACCCCAUCAUUCAAGUGGACAUGGGCAAGUUUGUCUCGAUAUGCCACAUGAAAGAGCAGUUGAAAUACCGUGGUCAUCAUUUCAUCUGUAUCCAGUCCAUGGAUGGGAUGCUGAUGUUUUUUGAGCAGGAAACAUAUGCUUUUGGUCGCUUCCUGCCUGGCUUCCUGUUGCCCGGCCCUCUGAGCUACUGCAUCCGCACUGACUCCUUCAUCACGGUCUCUUCCACCCGGCAGGUGGAGUGCUACAGGUAUGAGACACUGGCUGUAGCCACAGAUGCAGACACCAGACAAGACUCUGAUCAGCAGAGCAAGAGCUCAGGGAAGAGACUGACGGCUGACUGGACACUGGUGUUAGGAGAAGAGGCUUUAGAUAUCUGUGUUCCCAACACAUCUUCAGUGAUGUCCUCCAUCUUUGUGCUGGGGGAGAGAAAUUUUUUUGGUCUCAAGGAUAAUGGUCAGAUCCGCUUCAUGAAGAAAUUGGAGUUCAACCCCAGCUGUUUCUUGCCCUACGGAUCAGUUUCUGAGGGUUCCACCAACAUCCUGAUGUGUAACCAUAACAACAUGCUGCUGGUGUACCAGGAUGUGACGCUGAAGUGGGCGGCCCAGCUGUCCUGUGUGCCUGUGGCUGUACGCAUUGCUAACUUCCCGGAACUGAGGGGGUUGGUGGUGACUCUGAGCUCUGACGGGCAUCUCCAGUGCUCUUACAUGGGCACUGACCCCUCCUUCUUCACUGCACCUAAAGUGGACGCCCGAGAGGUCAACUAUGAUGAGGUCGACACAGAGAUGAAAAUGCUGCAAAAGGUUAUUCGCGAGGCUACCAAAACCCAAGACAUUCUCCCGAGGGCAGAGACUGAGGAAGAGCUUACUCUGACCGCCAUAGUCUCAUCUAACCUGGACGAAGUCUCGUGCGCUGUCAUACCUGAGAUGAAUGGCAUGCCUGUCCCCUCUGUCACAGUCAAGGUUAAAAUAAAGAGUCGUUCUGCGGUGCAGAGCCCAAAGGUGACGGUGUGUGUUCAGCCUCCUCUAGCAGUCACACAGGACCAGUUUGUGUUGGACUCCAUGGGCAGUGGCUGCGAGUUAGUGGUGAGAUUCUCAGCAUUUCUGAACGGCCACUAUCCUCCAGCGGAUUUGUGUGGAGAUAUCGCCGUGUCCUACAGCUCAGCUACAGAGCUCAACCCUGCAGAGCGUUACAGGAUCCAGAGCGAGAGCUUUGAGGAUAUCUGGCUGGUAGCCAAGGAGCUGGUGCAGCGUUUCGUCCGGCACUUUGCCUCCCUUGGAGCCAAAGACUUUCAGAACAGCUUUACUGGACCAAUUCCACUGCCUGAGUACUUUGAGACAGUGGACCACCACUUUGAGCUUCGUGUGAAUGCGCAGAAGUAUCAGGAUUUGCUGUCGGAGAGAGCCGUCCAGUUCAGGGCCAUCCAGCGCCGUCUACUGACCCGCUUUAAAGACAAAACCCCAGGGCCACUUCAAAACCUGGACACACUGAUGGAGGGAACCUACCGCCAAGUUAUAGCAUUAGCAGAUGCAGCAGAAGACAACCGGGAGCGUUUGAUCCAAGCUUUUACACGUUUGCGGAGCGCCACUCACCUCCUCAUCCUGCUGUUGUCUCUGUGGCAAGGGCUCGGCUCAGAGCAGACUGCCAUCCUGGAGGCCACGCUCCUACCGCUGCUGCAGGACACACCGCAACUUGGCUGGGAGGAAAGCGUGGAUGCAGCCGUCUCCCACCUCUUAAAAUCGUGUCUGUCACGCAGCCCCAAAGAUCAGGCCAUCAGCUUGAGCACCGGCCCACUAACCAUCCCAAAAGACAUGUCACGCCUGAAGAAACACAUCACGCUGCUCUGUGACCGCUUGGGCAAGGGUGGCCGUCUCUCUCUCACCUCAGAAGCCAAUGUCCCUACAACUGUCAUGAUGCCAGUUGGAUGUGAGUCCAUUCCUGAGCCGAUAGUUGAGCAGGAGGAGGAACCACCGCUGCAGCAGGACGCCGCCAAGUACAUUAAAAAGAAACAGCCAUCCAAGAGAAUCAAGAGCAAGUCGGAUUCAUCUAAAGAAUCGUCCAGAGAGAAGAAGGAGAAAGACUCUGGUAAAGAGAAGGUGUCGUCAAAAGAGUCUAAAAGAGAGUCGUCAAAGGAAUCCUCCAAAAGAGAGUCUACAAAAGAGUCAAAGGAACCCUCAAAGGACAGGGAGUCAACCAGAGAGAAAGAGUCAUCAAAGGAGUCUGGGAAGGAGAAGACAAAGGUGUCCAGGAAGUCCUCAGUGAAGGUCAAAGAGAAGAAGUCAGAUGCAGGAGACGGUUGAAUACAUUGGCAGCUGCUGCACUGAUAAAAUUCUUUGGCUUUUUAUUAGUCGGUGUGUCUGUGGAAAGGUUAAUACCUCAUCCUGAUGCUUUUGCUGUAAUUCUAGAGUUGAUAGCAUAGUGGCAGAAAAAACAAUCAAAAAGUGCAUGUUUUCACUCUCUUUGAGGGCAAGUAGACAUGUAGGGGGGCUUUAUAUUUAAACUCAGCUGUCUGCCACUGCAGCCUGUAGUCUGUGUGUCCAUCAUCUCCUAUUGCUCAGAAAGCCACAUGUACGUGACGUCUGAUCACGGGCUAAGAAUAACCACACCACCUUAUCUCUGCUGUCUGUUUGUGUGACAUUCAGAAUUCAGAGAGCUUUUUCAAUUCCAAUCCAAUUUCUGAAUUCGAGUUGAAGUAG